CUUCACUCUCCGACCAGGGGAGCUGCUCUCUCUGUGCGGUGCAUUCUGGGCUCCCAGGUCGAGUCCGCCGCCGCUGCCACCUUCGCCUGAGGAAAGCCAGAAGAGGCUGCAACUGGGGAGGAAAAACCUCAGGAGUCGCCACCCGAGAGGAAUCAAUCUCCGAGCAACUGCCACAGGAGAGGCCCGCCCACCCGUUCGCCCGUCCCCCUGCCCCGUUCACAAUGCAGCCUGCUUCUGCAAAAUGGUACGAUCGAAGGGACUAUGUCUUUAUUGAAUUUUGUGUUGAAGACAGUAAAGAUGUUAAUGUAAAUUUUGAGAAAUCAAAACUUACCUUCAGUUGCCUUGGAGGAAGUGAUAAUUUUAAACAUUUAAAUGAAAUUGAUCUUUUUCAUUGUAUUGAUCCAAAUGAUUCUAAGCAUAAAAGAACGGACAGAUCAAUCUUAUGUUGUUUACGAAAAGGUGAAUCUGGUCAGUCAUGGCCAAGGUUAACAAAAGAAAGAGCCAAGAUGAUGAACAACAUGGGUGGUGAUGAGGAUGUAGAUUUACCAGAAGUAGAUGGAGCAGAUGAUGACUCACAAGACAGUGAUGAUGAAAAAAUGCCAGAUCUGGAGUAAGAAAUACUGUCGUCACCACGAUUUGAGAAAGAAAAAUAACUUCUACAAGAUUUCAUAAUUGAAAGAAUUCCUGAAUUGAUAGCUCUAAAGGCAGAUUCUUAACCCAUUUUUCAAACUUUGUUUUUUUAAAGGCUUCACUAAGGGUUGAUAUGUACCAUUGUAUGGGGCAAUUUUAAGUCGGCUAAGGCAAUAUAACCUUAUGCAUGAAAAUUUUUCCCAGAUUUAAUGGAGCUGUUGGUCUUACUUAGGCAAUUGAUUCAGCAGAUGUAAUAAAUAAUAAUUUUCCUUUAUAACAUAGACCCUGAUGUGAUAGGAAGCUCUCAGCCUAGAGAAAGAAAUAAAUAUUAGACUUAUGAACUUGGACUCAAAGUGGUUGAAACAAAUUGGCUGACAUUGUUAAUUGGUAACCUGCUAUAUUUCUAUGGUGUUUCUUCAGGAUUAUUCCACUAAAGUUUUAUUUUUCAACAAAUUUAUUUCACAAUGUUGUAUGUAAGUGAUCACUUGUCAGUGUUCCAAAUAAAUCUUAGCUAAAAAUAGUGAAUGCCCUCAAUUUAGAUGGUUUUGAAGCCUGUACAUUUGGUAUUGUUUGACCCUUAAGCUUUUACAUCUUUUAGCAUGGAGGACAAAGAAAGGCUGUACAUUGAUGCUUGAGAGUCUUGUACAUUUAGACCAAAUUUGUAUUUUCACUGUCAGUAUGGCAAAUGAGUGAAA